CCUCUUCCUAUCUUUUUUUUUGCCUCUGAGCAGAAAGUGGGAGGAGAAGGAAAAGAGGGGUGGCAGCUGUCCAGGAGUUUGGGAGUUUGUCCAGUCUCAGCCCUACAAUCUGAGUCACAGCUCCACUGGUGAGCAGCUCAGAGUGUGUCUGUCUUCUGCACGACUGGAUCAGUUCCUUCUCCUCUCAGUCUCUCUCUGUCCGUCUCUCUGCUGCACUUCCAUCAGAGUCUCCAUCACCGCCACCUCCGCCACGCUCAUCCUCCUUCCUCUGGGAGGAGCCGUGCAGGCCUGCAACUCCAGGGGAAAUACCAGGAGGAUAAUGACCUAAAGGCCCUCUUUUGCUACGUUUCAGUUUUUCAACCAAGUUUGUGGAAUACAGCUUUUUCAGCAAAGGGUGAUCUUUUCAGCGCUUCAGUAGAAGAUGGCGAAGCGUCGGCUGAUGCCGCUAUGCGCUCUCGUCUGCUUCCUGUUCGCAGGACUGCUGACCAAACUUGAUGCUCAGGAAGAUUGUGCACAAGGCCUGCCGGCUGAUAUAUACUUUCUAGUGGACUCAUCAUGGAGCAUGGGACAGGAGAACUUUGAGUACGUAAGACAGUUUCUGUACAGAGUGGUAAAAGCUCUGCAACAGGGGGGCGGGAGCAGGUUUAAGUUUGCCCUGGUACAGUACAGCGGUUCGCCCAAAACCGAGUUCCAACUCAACACUUACCAGUCGUUCCGGGAGGUCCUUGGGCACAUCGAGGCCAUGGUCUACCGGGGCGGGGGAACCAGGACGGGGCUAGGCCUGGACUUCCUCAUCCGGGCCCAUCUGAACGCCGCCUCGGGCAGCCGCGCCAGCGACGGCGUGGCCCAGGUGGUGGUGGUCCUGACGGAUGGACGCUCCCAGGACGACGUGGCCGAACCAGCCCAGGUGCUGCGUCUGGCGGGCGUGGAGGUUUUUGCCGUGGGCGUUCAGGACGCGGUGGACUGGGAGCUCAGCGAGAUGGCUAGCGAGCCACAAGACGUUCACGUUUUCAGCGUAGACACUUUCACAGCCUUGGCGGGCAUUAUCCAGGACUUAGUGGUGGGGUUGUGUGGCGCCGUGACCCUGGCUGGGGGCGGGGCUCCUGUAGCGCUGACAGCCCCCAUGUCGGUUGAAGUCAGACGUUUGGCUGGAGAUGUGACAGCACAAGAAUCAGCCGACCUAGUUCUCUUAAUUGACGGAUCUGAAAACGUUGGAGCGGCUAACUUCCCCCGUGUGCGUGAUUUGGCUAUAAGAAUCAUACAGGGCCUUGAUGUGGGCAGGGACAAAAUACGGGUGGCCGUGGUUCAGUACGGCGCCGACCCUGAGAUUAAGAUCUAUCUAAAUAGUUAUGAAAACAAAGCCGCUGUCCUGGAUGCCGUAAAGGCCCUUACCUUCAUGGGAGGUGACGAGGCUAAUCUCGGUGCGGCCUUGGAGGAAGUGGCAGAAAACCUGUUGAGCCAGGUGGCCGGGGGCAGGGCGGAGGAGGGGGUGCCCCAGGCCCUGGUGAUUAUCAGUGCCGGUCCAUCCACGGACGAUACUGGCGCGGGCGACAGGUUGCUUAAGCAGUCCAACGUUAUCACAUUUGGUGUGGUGGUGGGUGCGGAGGCCACUGCUGAGUUGGAGACGGUUACCACAGAUAAGAGCUUUCUUCUGUCGGCCCCAGAUUUCAGUGCAGUGGCUGUCAUGGGUGACCAACUGCUACCUUACAUUAACGGGGUGGCCCAACGCACAAUUGUCGUUCAGAAUGAGUUCACGGAAGCCUUUGAAGUUGGAAAUAGGGACAUCAUUUUCCUCAUUGACAGUACCAUGGGUGCCACAAUUGUCAACGCCAUACGCGAGUUCAUCAAAAAGUUUGUCCAGACAAUGCCAAUCGGACCGGGCGGGGUGCAAGUGGGUGUGGCCCAGUUCAGCAACACCCCCCGAUCGGAAAUCGACCUGAACGCCUUUGGAACCAAGGAGGACCUGAUAGCCGCUCUUGGCCGAAUCAAACCAAAACCCGGCCAGGUGGUGAACAUCGGAGCAGCCUUGAACUUUGUGAGAACCAACAUGCUGCGGGAAGAGAAGGGAAGUCGUAUUCAGCAGGGGAUUCCUCAGCUGGUGCUGCUGAUGACAAGUAAGAGAUCCAGCGACAGCGUGGAGCAGCCUUCCGAGGAACUGCAGCGUAUGGGAGUCCUGACCCUGGCCGCGGGCUCCAAGACCGCUGAUGAGCAGGAGCUAAAGCGCAUUGCCUUUGCCGAGAGCCUGGUGUUCAUGUUCAAGGACUUCCGCAUACUGAUUCGCCAGCCCAAGCUUCUCGUCUCACCGCUCUCCACUCUGACCGGGGUGGUUGUGACUGAGGGACCCACAGAACCAGUGGUCGAGAUUACGACAGUGCAGACUCAGCGGAUGGUGCGAGACAUCAUCUUCCUCGUUGAUGGCUCAAGUUACACUGAAAGCAACUUCCGUUACGUGCAAGAAUUCAUCGCCGAAGUCGUCAACCGGUUGGAUGUUCGGCCAGACCGAGUUCAGAUCGGCCUCAUGCAAUUCGCAGAAAACCCUAAGAUUGAGUUUUACCUCAACACUUUCUCCAGCAAACAAGACGUGCUGAACAGCGUCUCCCAACUCAGAGGGGUGGGAGGCUCCAUUCUGAACACAGGAGCUGCUAUGGAUUACGCCCUCGCCAACAUGUUCCAGGCCUCCGCAGGGUCCCGGAAGAGACAGGGUGUUCAACAGGUGUUGGUUCUGGUCACCGGUGGCCCAUCCCAGGACCAGGUUAAGAGGAUAGCUGACAAAGUGGCCCUGGCAGGCGUACUGACCUUCACAGUCAGCUCCGGCCAGGCAGACAGCGUUUUAAUGAAGUCGGUUGCUUUUGUUCCAAACUUGGCUUACCAUGAAAGUAGCUGGACUGGACUGGCAAAUGUUGUGGAGGAAAUCAUGACCCCUCUGAUCACCGUGGUGGGUGAUACUGAUGUGACUGAGGGAGGAGUCAUAGAGGAAGUCACAGGCGGAGAGAGGGAUGUGGCUUUCCUGAUUGAUGGCUCUGAUAAUGUACGAGCAGAUUUCUCUUACAUCCGGGACUUCAUCCUCAAAGUCAUUGAGCCUCUUGACAUUGGAUUGGACAGAGUACGAAUUUCAGUUGUCCAACAAAGUGAGAGGCCAACGGCUAACUUCUACCUAAACACUUAUCAGAAUAAAGAUGAAGUAAUGAGAGCUGUAAAUUCACUUACUCCGGCUGGUGGUCGAAGUCUCAACACGGGGGUUGCCUUGAAAUUCAUGAAGGAUACCAUAUUGUCCGAAAAACAUGGCAGCCGUGCAGCUCAGAAUGUACCCCAGUUCAUGAUUGUUUUGAGUGGCAGCAAAUCAAAGGACAGUGUCAAGGAGUCAGCCGUCGCCUUAAAGACCGAUGGAGUGGUACCGUUUGGUGUGGGUGUCAAGGAUGCGGACCGUAAGCAGAUUGAGGCCAUUUCUCACAACCCCUCCUUUGCCUUCAACGUGAAGGAUUUCAGUGAGCUGAGCACCAUCCCCCAAAAGCUCAACAGCUAUGUGAGCCUCCCCAAGGAGCAGCUCCAAGAAGUCCUCCUUAAAGGUAAGACAAAACCUAUCUCUUUUUGCGUGUUGAUUUGA